UUUGAGUGAGCAGGUCUGUCGUUCACAGACACCGUCAAUAACGGUAAGUACAGUAGUCCUAGUAUAUGAGGUAUAUAGAUAUUUUAUUUCCUGUCUUGUAGGCCUAUUUCAAUUAAAUCAGACUUUUCUAAGUUUAUUCUGCAAGAUUAUUUGGAUGAAUGUAGGCCUACCUUCGGCUUUGUUCUGUUCUCUCAUUGAGGAAGAACAACUCCGUGCACAAGGAUUUCUGCCAUUGUAUUUUUGGGGCAUAGGCCUAUUUUGUUUCAUUUAAAACAUUUGUAUUUCUCCAUGAAAGGGGAUAAAUCGAAGGUUCUAAACUGAAUAUAAGUUCCUGAAGGAGAGGACCCGUAGGGUGCCUGCGGGAGUCCAUGUGACGUCAGAGAGACAGGCGCGUUAAAAGCAGAGAGCGCAUCAGGAGUGGCAUGGUUGGUUUGUGGAUGAUAGAUCACAACAUCACUACCGCUUUGGACUGCAAAUGAUGCGUUUCACCGCGUCAGAUUGACUGGACAGUAAACAGAUUCAUUAAUUCAGCGAGUCACCAACUGUCAACCGACUUGGACACCUAAGCCAUCCCCCAAAAAACAUCCCAAGGGCAUUACUGGGAAUUGGGGAGAACGGACAUUUCCCUAGCUGAUGUUUCCCAAAUACAUCGAAAGAAGAACUGAAGAAGAGCUGAAGAGGAGCUGAUCAGACUGUUCAUUACAAACCAAUAUUGGGUGCGGGCACUUUACCCGGGGUGAAAAGCAGUGCGUUUCGGUGUUGGUUUGAUUUGGUAAAAGUUACCUUUAUUCACAGAUCUAAGACAAGCAUAACCUCUCCAGACCCCACAAUCGGAGGGCAAUUGCAAAAGUGACCUUAGAUCAACGUCUAGGAGCUACUUAAUCCUGAUGCACGGAUGAGUGACAGUUGGAAAUCGUGCUCGAUCCUUUGAAGUUUGCCGACAUUCACUGAUGUUUGAUAUCAUGGCUUACCCGCAGUUAGGAUAUCCCUACUCACCCACACACCCGUUCCUCAUGAGCACGAGCUCUCUAGCCAACUGCCUCGAGCCUAGCGGAAGGUCUCUGCUGGACUCCGGUGUGAUGCCCCCCUCUCCCCAGCCUCUCCGGUGUCCGGUGUACGAGAGCAGACUGCUCGGCUCCCCGGGCCAAGAGCUACCAACCCCGGCUAUAGGUCUGGGUGUGUACGGCGCUGCCUAUGGAAAGAGCCAGGGGUACUAUGGCACCUGCGGAGGCGACGCAACAGCUUUAUAUGCCAGGGGAACAUUGGAGUCCAAAGAUGGAGCGGCUGCGCAUGUGGGGGCCUCUCAAACCCCUGCUUACUAUCCGUACGAUUACGCAUUUGGACAGUAUCCAUAUGACCGAUAUGGGUAUGGGUCAUCAGUGGACAGUGCAGCUGCCCGGAGGAAGAACGCUACCAGGGAGACCACCAGCACUCUGAAGGCCUGGUUGCAGGAACACCAGAAGAACCCGUACCCCACCAAGGGAGAAAAGAUCAUGCUGGCCAUCAUCACCAAGAUGACACUCACACAGGUGUCCACGUGGUUUGCCAAUGCACGGCGGAGGCUGAAGAAGGAGAACAAAGUCACAUGGUCACCACGAGCCAAUAAGAGCUCUGACGAGAGGGGCUGUGAUGAUGACAGUGACAGUGCAGAGGGAUCACAAGAGGAAGAGCCAAUCAAAAGCGAGAUAGAUGUUGAUGAUUCUGUAACAGUGAGGUGUGUGGACCUACAACAGAGUGAUCUGGAGGACUUUGAUCUGCUUGAGUCGGAUGGUUCUGACUGCGACCCUAAACACCAGUUUCACACCAAGGACACCCCAGUACACACACCACCGGACCACCACCACCACCCCAAAGACCCUUCUACCAGCCCACUCAGACAUACCCCAGACACAUCCCGACACGGGAACGAGCGGUUGUCACUGUCAGCAGACUGUCCCAAACACACACCAGAGCACAACCGAACAACCAACUCAUUCUACACUCAACAGGACCUGCAAAGUACAGAGAGCAGCAAACCUAAAAUCUGGUCCAUCGCACAAACUGCUGCUAUCCAACCUGAAUUCCCUGCAUGCAUGCACACAGCCACCCCCAGCGAGUCUCUCUCCCCAGGGGGGUAUCCAACUGAAGUACCCCACCUGAAGGUGGGGGCGGCUGGGCAGCAGGACUCCCCGGUGACUACCCUCAGAGAUUGGGUGGACGGGGUCUUCCACGACCCACUGUUCAGACAGAGUUCCUUUAACCCUGUGUUGUCCAAGCCAGCCAUGGACAGGGCAUGGAUUGGGUUAAAUAGACAGGUGAUGGAAGGCAGAACUCUGGGACAACGUUCUGUUGAACAUGUUACCUCGUCUUUGCAGAAUGUAUAGACUUCUUUACAGAGACUUACAGAGAUGUACAGAGACUUACAGAGACUGCUGUAGAAAGGUAUAUGAACUCCCUGUGAUGGCACAUGCUUCCAUGCCUUUUUUUUGUUUUAGAAAAGUGUCAAUGCAUCAUGUAGGCUACAUCAGUGUCAGUAAAUAAGUUCUGCAUGAACUUCAAAUUCUUACUACUUUCAGUUUAAAACACAGAUGUAAAUGAGUGGAAAAGAGGGAUUCAAUCCCUUUGGACAUAGACAAGCAAUGUAGUAGCCUACUCAUUCUUCAGGUAAAAUGAACCCCUCAACAGAUUGGAAAGUGCUGGAUGGUUUGAUCACAAAAACACUGAAAAUAUGUAGUUUUAUGAUGUUGGAGUAUCACAUUAGUCGUUUAUUGGAACUUUGUCAUUCCUACAGCACCGUGGGAAUACCUUAGGGGGAGUAGCCUACUGGCCUACACCGUUUACAGACCUUUUAUAAUAACCAGAUGCAUGAGAGCACCAUUUUUUUCUCUUAAACGAAAUAAAGCAUCAUAUAUGUUUUGCUUAUGAUCACAUCUGAUAUGACUAUUUCACACGUGUAUACAUGUUCUUGCACUAAAGUCCGAUUGCAGUUGUUGAGUCACUGAAAUAAACAAUCGUUUUUUGCAGAA